AACAGUCACAAUUAUGUCAGUGACAAACUUGAUUCAUUCCACUUAGAUUCUGUCCUUUAACAAGAAUCAUGUACCGUACUUUUAUAGUGUCAGUUUAAAGUUCUCAACGUAAUAAGACUGAUACGCCUAUUGAUACAAUAGUUUAAUGAGUGAAAUAAUUUAAUUUUAUAUUAUUCAAUAGUUGUGGAAGCACAGUUACACAGUUUAAAAUUUCCAAUGGCUGACACUUCUCUUCUGCUUUGGACGAUAAUAGUUAUUGGAUCAAGUAUUUGUCCGAGAGUGGAGAAUGCACGGAUUUUCGCUCUUUUCCCGACUCCCUCAUACAGCCACCAGCAGCCCAUGCUGGCACUUAGCAAAGCGUUGGCUUCCAGGGGACACAAUCUCACAGUUAUCACCACCAACCCAAAUGAAUAUCCCAUUGAAAAUCACCAAGAGAUAGAUGUGGGACACUUUUAUGGACAGUGGAAAAUGCGCCAGAAAGAAAUAGGAUUUUCAUUGCAAGCCAGACGCAGUGCCUACGAAUGGCUGUCACAAUGCUCCUCAGGAGUCAAUCAUUUCUGUGAAUUGGUACUUGGAUCUAAUGAGGUUCAACAACUAAUUAGAUCCAAUAACAACAACAACAGUGAAUACGACCUUAUACUCUACGAACCCUUAUACCCUUGCACCCUGGGGUUUGUGCAUCUAUUCAACAACCCUCCAGUGGUUGCUGUACUCUCAAUGCCAUCCCAUGUUUACACCGACUUCAUGUUGGGAAACACCAUCAACCCGUCCUACAUGCCUCUACACAUAUCCCCACUAAACGACAACCUCAACCUGGUUCAAAGAUUGUGGAACACCUACUUGUAUCUGUACCUACUUUAUCUGCAAUUUUUCUACAUAAACGACAACCAGAGUUUGAUAAUGAAGAAGUAUUUCGGUGAGCAGACGCCUUCAAUUGAGGCGCUGCAAUCGAACAUCAGUUUGGUGUUGUAUAGCAAUGAUCUGUCAACAACUUAUCCUAAGCCUUUGCAACCUCAUGUGAUUCCUGUGGGGGCGCUGCAUUUGACUGACAACAAACCGAUUCCUGAGGACUUCAAGAAGUGGAUGGAUGAAGCUGAGGAAGGAGUGAUAAUCUUCAGUUUGGGUAGCAACAUGCAGGGCACUUCAGUUUCUGAAGAGAAAAGAGCGAUAUUUGUGCAAACGUUCUCUAUGUACCCGCAAGUUAGAGUAAUCUGGAAAUGGGAAUCUGAUCAGAAGAUUCCUGGUCUAACCAACAAUGUUCUCACAACAAAAUGGCUGCCUCAACAAGACAUUCUAGCACAUCCGAAAGUACGAUUCUUCAUGAGCCAGGUGGGACUUCAAAGUAUGCAGGAAGCAAUCCAUAACGCGGUUCCAGUCCUCGGCAUUCCCAUUUUCGGAGACCAAGAUUUCAAUGCUAGGAAAUUAGCCAGUGAAGGAGCUGGAAUUGUAGUGGAGUUUGAAAGCCUAACUCUUGAUAUUCUCAAUCAGUCAAUCCAUGAUUUACUGACACAGACAAGUUACAAAGACAACAUGCAGCGACUCUCGCGCAUAAGCACAGACAAGCAGAGUGACGCCCUCUCCACUGCCGUCUGGUGGGUGGAAUACGUACUACGACAUAAGGGAGCGCACCAUCUGCGGCCUGCUGUCAUCAAGCUCAAGUGGUACCAGGCCUACCUCCUCGACGUCCUAGCCAUAACUCUCAUACUAAUAGCCAGCGGACUGACAGUCAUCAACUGGACUUUGAAGAGAUUGUUUAGUAUGCUAACUAGUUAUUCUAAUAAACCUAAGCAAGACUGAACUGAUUUUUAUACUAUAAACAUUAGGAUAAUAAAAGUUUUCAAUUUAA